CCCCCCCGUCCCUUCCCCUCCCCGCGGUGCCCCCCUCCGGCCCCCGGCCCGCCCCGUCAACGCUGACUGAAGGCGGCACCUGCGGCAGUCACACGGCCGCGGGGCGAGCGGAGCGCGCCCACAGUAGGAGCAUGGAGUCCCCAGCAAGUGGUGGAGCCCCCGCCCCGAGUGACACAGCCCUGGGUGACAUCGCACAGACAUCAACAGGGCCCACAGAGGGGAUGGUGGGGGGGGACAGCAGGGAAAGCGUGGCACAAGAGGGGCAGGGGGAGGCUGGCAGAGCUGAAGGAGGGGCUGGGGGGGAAGCUGCACGGGAUGUGGGGAGUGAGGGCAAGGGGGAGGCAGCAGAGAAUGCUGGGAGUGAGGCUAAGGUAGAAGCAGCGAAGGAUUAUGGGAGUGAUGCUAAGGGGGAGGUAACAGGGAAUGCUGGGAGUGAGGCCAACAUAAUGGGAGAUGCUGGUAGUGAGGCUAAAGAGGAGGAUGCAAGGGAUGCUGGGAGUGAGGUUAAGGGGGAGGCUGCAAAAGAUGCUGGGAGUGAGGCUGAGGAGGCUGCAAAGGAUGCUGAGAGCAAAGCUAAGGAGGAGGCUGCAAAGGAUGCUGGGAGCGAGGAUAAGGAGGAGGUUGCAAAGGAUGCUGGAAGCGAGGCUAAGGGGGAGGCUGCAAAGGAUGCUGGGAGUGAAGCUAAGGGAGAGGCUGCAAAGGAUGCUGGGAGCGAGGCUAAGGGAGAGGCUGCAAAGAGUGCUGGGAACGAGGCUAAGGGGGAGUCUGCAAAGGAUGCUGGGAGCGAGGCUAAGGGGGAGGCUGCAAAGGAUGCUGGGAGUGAGGUUAAGGGGAAGGCUGCAAAGGAUGCUGGGAGCGAGGCUAAGGGGGAGGCUGCAAAGGAUGCUGGGAAUGAAGCCAAGGCAGCAGGGGUUUCUGGGAGCGAGGCUGAGAUUGCAGAGGAUGCUGGCAAGGAGCCCGCAGCAGGGCAGGCUGCUGAGCACGAGGCUGAAGGGCAGGCCAGAGGCAGUGCAGUGCCACAGGAGGAGGCCAAGCCUGAGCCCAGGCCGGAGGCAGCGGGCAGCACCCAAGGCCGGCAGGAGCCCACCUGGCUGCAGGAUGAGGAUGAUGAGCUGUGGCCUGAGUUCCCCCCCUGCUCGCCCACGGAGGGGGCCGCCAGCCCCACCACCCCACUCUCCCCUACCUCCCCUGUGUCUCCCACGUUCCCCGUAUCUCCCACAUCCCCUUCGCCUCCUGUGUCCCCCACAUCUCCCACAGGUGAUAUCCACAGUGGUGACCCUAUCCCUGCUCACAGCCACCACCCCUGUGUUCCCAGUGGUGUGUCUGCAGUGGGGCCACGAGGACGGGUGCCCCCCCGGGUGGCAUCUGUGGGGCGGCCACGAGUGAGCAGCCGGGCAUAUGGACGGAGUGCCAUCCUGGAGAAGUUUGGGGGGGCAGCCACAGGCCCAGCCCCACACCUGAAGCGUGUGGGGGCCACGGGCUCAGUGAAGGCCAUGCUGCUGGAGUGGUGCCGUGCCAGGACACGUGGCUACCAGCAUGUGGACAUCCAGAACUUCUCAGGGAGCUGGAGCAGCGGCCUGGCCUUCUGCGCCCUCAUUCACAGCUUCUUCCCCGAUGCCUUUGACUAUGGCAGCCUGGAGCCCCAGGACCGCCGGCGUAACUUCACCCUGGCCUUCAGCACCGCAGAGGAGCGUGUCGACUGUGCCCAGCUGCUGGAGGUGGAAGACAUGCUGCGGCUGACGGUGCCGGACGCCAAGUGCAUCUAUACCUACGUGCAGGAGCUGUACCGUAGCUUGGUGGCCAAGGGGUUAGUGAAGACCAAGAAGCGCUGAGGCCUCGCCAGCCCCAUUCCCCACUUUGUCCCCCAGCCCCUAGGAGUAAAGGUUUGCAGUGCCAUGCCGUGGUGCCUCAUCUCUCGUGUGGACAGCAUCAUG